CUACUGCAGUAUUUAAGGGCCCUUUUAGAGGCAGGUACGAGCUGACAUGAACAUCUUUAACAAGGUCCCAGGACUAGUCCAACAAACCAGCAAGCUGGGGUCUGUGCUCCAACGUGCCUUCUACGGGUCCAGUGGGAGGGUGACCCUUUUUGAGCAGAGGAACUUCGCGGGCCGUCGUUUGGACCUGAGCUCAGACUGCUCUCGUCUCAGUGACCGCAGCUUCCCCGAGAGAUGCAACUCUGUGCAGGUGGAGAGUGGAGCAUGGGUGGGGUACGAGCAUGAGAACUUCCGUGGGCGUCAGUAUUUGUGGGACAUGUCCGACAGGGGAGAGUACAACUGUUAUGACAAAUGGUGCGCCCAGGCUGACCAUAUCGCCUCUGUACGCUCCGUCAAACAGGACACAAACCCGGCCCGCGCUCAGCUGUUUGAACGUGCUGGUUACUCGGGAAAGAAGAUGGACAUCCAGGACGACAUUCCCAACCUCAUGAGCAGAUACAGCCUGAACCGCAUUGCCUCCAUCAGGGUGCUGGGUGGAGCGUGGGUGGUGUACCAGGAGCCUAACUACAGGGGCCCUCACUACGUCCUGGAGAAACGCGACUACAAUAACUUCACUGACUGGGGCAGCCAGAACAGCACUGUGGGGUCAAUGAGGCGCGUACGAUUCAACUAAAGACAAUAGCACCGAUGUAACACCAAUAUGAACCUGCCAGAUUUGUACCAAUAAACUUUUACUACUGUU